CCCUACGUCUCUCCGUUUGUUGACGCAGGCUGCACAGCCCAGAGGGCACUGCCAUGGCGCUGGCGCAGGCGCGAGCGCGGGGGCGGGAGCACAGCCCUGCAGACGGCGAGAAAAUGUCUGGCAACAAUGACUGGUUUCAGAGUUCCCGGGUCCCUAGCUUUGCUCAGAUGCUGAAAAAGAACUUGCCAGUUCAGCCAUCAGCCCAGACGGUAGCUACACCCACAGGAUAUUCUUCAGACAGUUACAGCCUGUCGAAUAUGGCAUCCAAGGUUACGCAAGUGACGGGUAAUUUUCCAGAACCAUUGCUUUCCAAAGGUCUUGCAUCUACUUCAAAUCCUGUCCUUCCUCCAAAAAAAAUACCCAAGGAAUUUAUAAUGAAAUACAAACGUGGAGAGAUAAAUCCUGUGUCAGCUUUGCACCAAUUUGCACAAAUGCAACGAGUUCACCUUGACCUUAAGGAAACAGUAACAACAGGUAACGUUAUGGGACCAUAUUUUGCUUUUUGUGCUGUGGUGGAUGGUGUUCAAUAUAAGACUGGACUGGGACAAAAUAAAAAGGAGUCUAGAUCCAAUGCAGCAAAAUUAGCUCUUGAUGAGCUUCUACAAUUGGAUGAACCUGAGCCAAGAAUUUUAGAAACAUCAGGUCCUCCUCCUAUCCCUGCAGAACCUGUUGUUUCACCUGAACCAGUCUAUGUCUCAAAAAUACAUUAUGAAGGGAGACAUAUUCAGCAUGGAAAGAUAUCCCAAAUUGUUAAAGAAACAUUUAAUCAACUAAUAUAUAAUCAUUCAGAAUAUCUGAAAUGUAGCAAUUCAUUGGCUGCUUUUAUAAUUGAAAGAGGUAAGUCCAAAUACAUGGGAUGUGUUGUGUUUUGUUUUUACUUUUUAGGUAAUGGGAAUUGCAGUGAUACUAGAGGUUUAGAAAUUGCUAUAAAGCAACGUGUUGAUGAUGCACUGACUUCAAAACUUCCAAUGUUUUACUUGGUCAACAGACCUCAUGUUAGUUUAGUACCUUCUGCAUAUCCACUUCAAACAAACUUGGAAUAUAAAUCCCUGAGUCUGAAUUGGGCACAGGGGGACAUUUCUUUGGAGAUUGUGGAUGGCCUAAGUGGAAAGAUCACUGAAAGUUCCCCAUUUAAAAGUGGUGUGUCAAUGGCAAGUCGGCUUUGUAAGGCUGCAAUGUUAAGUCGAUUUAACCUGCUUGCCAAAGAAGCUAAAAAAGAAGAUUUACUUGAAGCUAGUACAUACCAUGCAGCAAAGUGUAUGUCUGGAUCCUAUCAAGAAGCUAAAACUCUGUUGAAAUCCUACUUGCAGCAACAUGGCUAUGGCUCCUGGAUUGUGAAAUCUCCCUGUAUAGAGCAAUUUACAUCUAGGAGCUGGAUGCAGAAUAGGGCAAGACUAGAGGAUCUACUUCCCCCACCUCCACCAUUCUCAGACUCGUCCUACUCUGAACAAAGAAAAGACUGAAGCCCUCCUGAUGACGCCUUGGAAUCUCAGACCUACUUGGAACCAAGGCAGCAAGUAGGAGGUAAUUGUCUUCUGUUGCCUCCAGUUCCUACUCUCUUCACUGUUAGAACAGAGCAUCACUCUCCUCCAUAUGAACUUCCCUUCUGAGCCUGCUUCCUAAAUCCUGUCACGGAACUCUCCCCUCCCACACUGCUGGUUUUGUUCUAAGGCAAACCAAAAUAAAAAAAAAUUACUCUAGA